UCUUCGUGCAUACUUCGCUCUGAGAGUGAAACAGCUCUUUCACGUUCCCCCAAACACUUCAAAUAUGGCUGCUCCAGCCAUGGAGACCUUCACACUGGAGGAAAUUGUUCUCCCAAACACUUCAAAUAUGGCUGCUCCUGCCAUGGAGACCUUCACACCGGAGGAAAUUCCAGACCUUGAGAAGAGUAGCCAAGCCGAAAGGGCUCAGUGGGUGUUGAAUGCACCCGAACCCCCAGGUCCAUGGCGUGAGCUGAUUCAUUCUGUAAGGGAAACCCUUUUAGGGCCUUGUGGAAACAAGUUAUUGGCCCUCAAGAAUCAGCCCGGACCGGAACAAGUUGUUUUGUUCUUGCAAGGGAUAUUUCCUAUCCUUGUUUGGUGUCGAAGCUACUCGGUGACAAAAUUUAAGAACGAUUUACUGGCGGGUCUAACUAUUGCUAGCCUCUGCAUUCCCCAGAGUAUUGGAUAUGCAACUUUAGCAAAACUUGAUCCUCAAUAUGGUCUCUACACAAGUGUGGUACCGCCUCUUAUUUAUGCUGUAAUGGGGACUUCAAGAGAGAUAGCUAUUGGACCCGUAGCUGUGGUUUCACUGCUUUUGCCCUCAAUGAUUCAAAAAUUACAAGAUCCUGUGGCUGAUCCAGUUUCCUACACAAAGCUUGUUUUGACAGCAACUUUCUUUGCGGGAAUCUUUCAAACUGCCUUUGGACUUUUCAGAUUAGGAUUUCUUGUGGAUUUCCUCUCCCAUGCUGCUAUUGUCGGGUUUGUGGCUGGAGCGGCCAUAGUAAUUGGCCUUCAACAACUGAAGGGACUUCUUGGGAUCAGUCACUUCACCAACAAGACUGAUGUAAUAUCAGUCGGGGAAGCAGUUUGGAGAUCAGUUCAUCAUCAUUGGAGUCCUUACAAUUUUAUCCUUGGGUGCUCAUUCCUGAGUUUCAUCCUAUUUACUCGAUUUCUGGGUAGAAGGAAAAAGAGACUCUUCUGGUUGCCAGCCAUUGCUCCUCUCCUAUCUGUUAUAUUAUCGACUCUAAUUGUUUUUCUGACAAGAGCGGACACACAUGGCAUUAAAAUUGUAAAACACAUCAAAGGAGGCCUCAACCCAAGCUCACUUCAUCAGUUACAGCUCGAUGGCCCGCAGGUUGGAGAAGUGGCAAAAGCUGGACUGGUUGUUGCCGUUGUUGCACUCACGGAAGCGAUUGCAGUUGGGCGAUCUUUCUCGUCAAUAAAAGGAUACAACAUUGAUGGAAACAAAGAAAUGGUUGCCAUAGGCUUCAUGAACGUCAUAGGUUCUUUCACUUCCUGCUAUGUUGCCACCGGUUCAUUCUCACGCACUGCCGUAAAUUUCAGUGCUGGUUGUGAAACUUUAGUAUCGAAUAUUGUGAUGGCAAUUACAGUGAUCAUAUCAUUGCAAUUAUUCACAAGGCUCUUAUAUUUCACUCCAAUAGCAAUCCUUGCUUCAAUAAUUCUAUCUGCUCUUCCGGGACUCAUUGACCUCAGUGCAGCUUACAAUAUUUGGAAGAUUGAUAAGCUAGAUUUCCUUACUUGCAUCGCUGCAUUCUUCGGUGUGUUGUUUGUAUCCGUGGAGAUUGGCCUUCUAGUUGCGGUAGCAAUAUCGUUUGCAAAGAUUAUUCUCAUAUCAAUUCUACCAGGCACAGAAACCCUAGGACGAAUUCCUGGAACUGAUAUGUUCUGUGACAUCAAUCAAUAUCCCAUGGCUUCAAAGACUUCUGGGGUCGUAAUAAUCCGUGUCAAGUCCGCCGUGAUUUGUUUUGCAAAUGCUAAUAUCAUUAAAGAAAGCAUUAUGAGAUGGGUUACUGAAGAUCAAGCGGAGGAUACAAAAUUAGCAAAUGUAAAAGGUCAUAAUAUUUAUAAACUCGUAAUUCUGGACACAUCCGGCCUAAUGGACGUCGACACAUCAGGCAUUGCUAGUCUGCAGGAGUUGCAUAAGAAUCUCACUUCACAUGGAAUCGAGUUAGCCAUUGCCAAUCCAAGGUGGCAAGUCAUUCACAAGCUAAGGUUAGCAAACUUUGUGAGCAAGAUUGGAGGAAGGGUCUACUUGACUGUGGGAGAAGCUGUGGGCGCAGCAGCUCCUGAUGCAGAAAGGGCUAAUAUUCAAGCGUGAAGGACUCUGUCAAGAGAACGGAAUUGGGAAAAUAAUAAAUUACUAAAGUCAUGUUACUUUUGUUGAGUAAUUUAUCUAGCUAGCUUGCAUGCAUGUGUGGCCGAGUCCCAUAGUACUUGUACUGUAUAAAAAAAUGGGACGAAUAUCAAUAAUGAGACGAUGGCAGCUUUGAUCUCCUCCUUUCUGUUAGACAAACGUACGGGAGGGAGGGAUGGGGGAAAGAAUGUUCAAAUGUUUGUGAAUUUGUUGUUGCUGAUCAGUUUUAUGUGAUGGAAAUAUAUAUGUAAUCAUGUACGUCUAAAACUAGUGUUUUGAAAUAUUAA